UUUAUUUAUUUUAUUUUUCAAUUUUUGUUUUAUUUUAACGUGUUAAAGUCAUAUCAAUUUCCAAUCAUCCAGUGUAUAAAAUGUAGCUUGGCUAAUAAGUCCUUUGUACUUUCAGCAUCCCGAAAACCCCGCGUAACGUCAGGUGCCAAAAAUAACGGAACUCUUCAGUACCCAUUGACUGUCAUCAGGCGGAUUGAAUGGCGUCUACUACUUUAGAGGUUGAUGAAGUGGAAAACUCUGCCAGGUCUUCACCUUCUGUAACAGUUUAUGCAGAAACAAAUGGGCAGUACACGAGUGUUCCAACUGAAGAUGACAAGAAAGUGAAGUUUACAGUUACGCCCGUCUCUGAUGCAGAACAGGAGGAGCAACAGCAGUCAAACUCAACCCCGUCCAGACCAGCCCAGUUUGAAAUAGCGGACAGCGAUGAAAAUGCCGACACCCUCACACAGAACAGCAUCACUGCUCUAUUAUCAUCCAAAUUCAGGGAUAUACAGAAGAAGUUGAAACAAUAUGGUAUUGACUCACCACGUUUCAGGAAAAGGCUUGUUUCAAAAUGGGAGAGUUUGAACUACGACACCUGUGAGAACUAUGUCUACCUGAAGGAACGGGACAAGUACAAGUCUAAGAAGUCUGUGACCUUACGAUGGAUCAGCAAGUGGAUGGUGAUGUUCCUGGUGGGUAUCGGUACGGCACUGCUAGCCGCUGCCAUCCAUGUCAUCGUGGAAAACCUUGCUCACAAGAAGUUUGAACUUAUACAAGAAUAUUUUGACCAUUGUGCCAAUCACAGCUGCCUGUACCAGCCAAUUCUAAUAUGGAUGGCCAUCAACUUAGUGAUCAGCCUGGCAGGGGCUGGUCUUGUCACAUUUUUGCAGCCAAUGGCAGCAGGGAGUGGGAUACCCUACAUCAAGUCGUACCUGAACGGUGUGAAAAUCCCAGGUCUGCUGUCCUUACGCGCAUUUGUGUCCAAAACCGUAGGAGUGGUACUCUCUAUACUUGGUGGCCUUGCAUGUGGGAAGGAGGGUCCCAUGGCUCACUCCGGAGGAAUCAUUGCUGCAGGGUUGGGGAAGGGGCGUAUCAAUUUUUUUGGCAGGAAGAGGUGCUCGGUAUAUGAUGGGUUCCGUGACGACCAUGAGAUUCGUGAUUUUGUUGCGGGUGGGGCAGCAUCAGGGGUGUCAGCAGCAUUUGGGGCCCCUGUAGGGGGAACUCUGUUCAGUUUAGAGGAGGCAGCUAGUUUCUGGAACCAGGACCUCACCUGGAGAGUGUUCUUUGCAUCAAUGAUAGCCUGUUUUGGAACCAACUUCUUAAUCAGUGCAUUUAAUGGCCAUCCGACCAAGCUGUCCGCCCCGGGAUUGGUCCGAUUCAAUGUGUUUAAGGUGGAUUUAAGUUUUGAUCUCAUAGAAAUUCCAGUUUUCAUAGUGAUGGCUGUUUUAGGAGGACUAAUUGGCGCUGCCUUUGUUGUACUCAACUACAAAUUAACCGUAUUUAGACAAAAGUAUAUGCGUAAAAAAUGGAUCAAGGUAUUGGAGGCAGGAGUGGUAGCUAUGGUAUCAGCAGUUGUGGGCUUUGUGUUGAUGUACGCUACUAAUGAAUGUACAUCCGUCAACCCCUACGAUGAUCACGCUAUCACAGCUAAGUUACACUGUGAGGAAGGGAGUUACAACAGUAUGUCACUACUAUUCCUCACCACUCCAGAAGGCUGUCUAAAGGCACUGCUCCACGACCCAUUUGAUGCCCACGGCCCCGUGUCUCUGAUAGUGUUUACGGUGGUGUUUUUCUUCCUGGGGGUAUGGACGUACGGCCUGAGUGUGUCCAGUGGAGUCUUCAUCCCCUCCCUGGCCAUCGGAGCUGCCUGGGGAAGACUUGUCGGAAUCGGAGUGGUACACAUGUUUCCCGACAACACUCAUCUGCAAAUGGAUGUCGGGAAGUAUGCAUUGAUAGGUGCAGCCAGCCAACUAGGAGGUAUCUUGCGUACAACCAUCAGUCUGACCGUCAUCAUAGUGGAGUGUACAGGAGACAUAUCAUUUGGACUUCCCAUCAUGAUCGUACUAAUGAUAUCCAAGUGGGUUGGGGACUUCAUCACCACGGGUCUGUACGACAUGAAUGUUGAAGUGAGUGGAAUACCCCUGCUGCCUUGUGAACCCCCGCCCCUCUGUGAUGACCUCAGGGCAAGUGAGGUGAUGAGCCAACCACUAACAUCAUUCAAACCAAAGGAGAAGGUUGGCCAUAUACUGGACAUUCUCAAGAACGAGUGCUGCUGUGGUUUCCCUGUCAUAGACGACGACCCAAUGUUCCCAGGAAAAGGCAAACUAAAGGGCCUUAUAUUAAGAUCACAAAUUUUAGUUCUUCUUAAAAAAAAGAUAUUUAGUCCAGUAGGCACACCACAGCCAAGAAAUAUACGCUUGAAGGACUUCCGAAAUUUUUAUCCACUUUACCUCAAAGUAGAUGAAAUAGAAAUUGAAGAAGAAGAAAGAGAGUACAUCAUGGACUUGCGGCCUUUCAUGAACCCAUCACCGUAUACCAUAGAAUCUACAUUUUCACUGCCACGAGUAUUCAAAUUAUUCCGUGGACUCGGACUACGACAUUUAAUUGUUGUAAAUGAAAAGAACCAGGCAAUUGGAAUGGUGACACGAAAAGACUUGGCAAAAUUCCGAGCUGGUUCAAAGAGAGGCAUUGUGAAAAUUGAGCAUUUAAAGAUUGAGGACAUGUAAUAUGUAAUUCAGACAUAUACCUCAUUGUCACCAUCAUACUUGUGUGUUCCCAUAUCACCUGUCCACCAUCCUGGUACAGUGGCUACUGUGUCUGUCAUUACACAGGGCACCAGUAAACUGUUGUCAUCAGUUUGAUGUGGACUAUUUAAGAUCAGUUGUCAAGGGCAGACAACAAACCAACUGAUCUUUACCUGUUAAACUACAACAGCAGGUCCUCUCAAAGAGAAGAAAUUUCAAUGUUCUGCACCGAGUAAUUAUCGUUUUCAUGGUUAGCCUAUACUGCAUCCAGAAGAGCGCCUGACUUCCUGACACCUCACACAUUAGGGAGCUGUUCCAUGUCUUCCUUCCAUCAUUCCACUGUAUAAAUACCUACUAUGCACUAAGCGUUAUAUCAUAUGUGUUACACAUUUGUGCCAAAAAGUUAGCACAUGACAAUAUUUUAUGUCAACUGUGUUCCAAUGUCAUCUGUCUGUUGACAAAUGAUCUGUCGGAAAUCAGUUUUCAUCUGUUUACUUAUUGUUGAUGUUAUCUAAAGAAAAAAUUUAAGGUCAAUAGGUUGUAUGUUGAAACCUUAUACCCUAUAAUUAUAUAGAUUAAUAUUUUAUUUGUUAGUUAUAGGUCACUUAUAGCCCUGUGGGUUAUUUGUCUAUAGAAACGUGUACAUUUGGGGUUUUACUUUCUGUUGGGUUAUUUUGUCAUUUGAAAUUAUCAUUAUUUUAUUUGUGCAUUAAAAAAGAUUUUUCUUUUACCCCCAAAGCCAAGUAAUCCCAUUUAUUGAAAGGUGGCCUCAUAGACUUUAAAAUAAUGUACUGCUUUGGUUAUUUAUUUAAAGCAUGAAUUUGAUUGGUAACUAUAUUUGUAACAGGAUUUACCCAUGGGUCACCUUAUAUGUCCAGAAGCAUACCCAUGGGUUAAUCAUUUUGUAUCUGUUACAAUAAAGUAUUUAUCGUAAUAAGCCGACCCAUAGCUCAUUGUCCUGCAAUAAGCCACAUACUAUAAGUCAAAGCUUAUAUGUUGGUCCCUGGGCUUAUUACAGGAUAAUAGUGUAAGUACAAGCUUACCUAUGACUGAUGUUUAAAGCCGUUAGUUGAGGACAUUUCAUUAUGUUUGUGUUAUGUGUUAAAUGUAUGUGUUUGGCCUUAAUAAGGGGGAUGUUUAUGGUGUUAAUGCAUUCCUGGACAUAUCAGGGUUUUGUGUUGGAUAUCGGAGUUUUAUCUUUAUUAUUACGAUGUAAUAUUUAUUCCGUAAAUACACAAGUCCCUGUAUGAGUUAUUGAUGCAAGUCACUGUGAAUUUGCCAUUGUGUUAUGUGUAGUUAUUUCAACAACUGAUAUAAUUUAGCAAAUAUUAUGAAUGCGCAACAAAUAGAUCAAUAUCAGUAACCUGGUAAUAUUUUGCAUUUUUGAGAAGAAUUUGGGUUCUGAAGUUUGGGUCCCCCGAUAUCUUCUGUAUCAAAAACAUAACCCCUACAGGGACUUGUAUUUUUCAUUAUCCUCCUUCAUUUGGUUAUUGCAAUACAUGUACAUUAAUAACAUAGUCAUCCCCCAACACAGAUAGGCUAGCUAAAAAGAAAAUGACAAAGUUUCUGUGCCCUAAUUAGAUAAACUGUUACAUUAUUGUUAGCCUGUUCUGGCAUUGUUUGAUUUUUUGUUUUGAAUUGUGCAUACAUCCAUACAUAUAUAUUAUGUUAUAUUAAUAUUAUAUGAUAUAUAUAAACAAAGUGCUAAAUAUUAGCCAGAAGUUAGAUAUGUAUAUAAGAAAUCCUUGAAGUCUGUGACUGUGAUAAAGGGAGGUUAUUGGGCACGUUUUUGUUAGUAUUCUAGUUGUUAGUGGAGCGGUUGUUGACAAGAUGAUGUUCCUACAUUUGUUUUGUUGUAGAGUGUAAAAUUUUAACCAAGACAUUUAUUUGUGGACAAGUUACAUGUUUAUAACUUUGUCUGAAGUUUAAUUGCUAUACUAGAUUUUGAAAGUCUGGCAGUGACUUUCUUAUCUGAAUGUAUCUGUUGUCUGCCCAAGAGUUUUGUGUAUGAAUUUAUUUCAAAUUUCAUUAAAACCUUUAUCCUCUUCAGUACAUAUAUUGACUAUAUGCAUACUCUUCAGUACGUAUAUUAACUGUGCUAGUGUUAAGAUUUUUCACUUUUUUUUUAUCUCUAUAUAUGCAUUGAUCUAUUACAGUCAAUUUCUGCAUUUAAAGUUUUUUAUGAAAAAUAAUGCUGUAGUAAAUGUCAGAGUACUCUUUGUAUAAAUCUUUAUUUGUUGGGUCAUAUCAGAGAAAUUCCAUAUUAUCUAUUUAACAAUAAUAUGCAAGUAUCUCAAUUCCAUAAUCUAUAAUCCCUACGAUCUCAUUCUAAAAUAAGUUCCCAUAGAUAAUAUAUGUUUCAAUAAUGUAAUCAAAUUGCUGUUUCAUAUUGAUAAUUAAAUUACCUCAUGACACUGCCAGGUUCUAUAGGUCAGUCCCUUCAUUUUUAUUGUCCCUUCAGCAAACUUAUACAUUUUGUAUUGCUGAGAAGACACACAUGUCAAUUCAUAACCCAAGAGUACUAUGUUUGUGUCUUUAUGAAAUACCAAGGUCACUGUUAAAUGUUAAAAGGUCAAACUGCAUUCCUGUCCUAGUCGUAACUUACUUUGAUGCAGUAAUAGCAAACUGCUCCCUUUACAGUUGAGAAGUAAAUAAUGGUUAAGUGUAUGGGAAUUUUGUUCUCCUCAAAGUAGAAAAUACAAUGAUUUUACAAGAAUUCUUAAAAUGUGUUUUUAUUCCCAUUACAAUUUUCAACUUGAAAUGUAAUUUAGUGAAAUGUGUGAUUUGUUUUAUUAUUCACAACCAUGACAUUGUGAUUUGUUACUUAAUUUUAUUAUUUAUUUUACGUUUGUUGUGUGUACAUAGUAUUUGUUAAGAUUACAUAUGAGAAAUAGACCUCCUUGUAUAUCAAAUGAGAAAUAGACCUCCAUGUAUAACAAAUGAGAAAUAGACCUCCAUGUAUAUCAAAUGAGAAAUAGACCUCCUUGUAUAUCAAAUGAGAAAUAGACCUUCUUGUAUAACAAAUGAGAAAUAGACCUUCUUGUAUAACAAAUGAGAAAUAGACCUCCAUGUAUAACAAAUGAGAAAUAGACCUUCUUGUAUAACAAAUGAGAAAUAGACCUCCAUGUACAGUGUAUAUCAAAUGAGAAAUAGACCUCCUUGUAUAUCAAAUGAGAAAUAGACCUUCUUGUAUAACAAAUGAGAAAUAGACCUUCUUGUAUAACAAAUGAGAAAUAGACCUUCUUGUAUAACAAAUGAGAAAUAGACCUUCUUGUAUAACAAAUGAGAAAUAGACCUUCUUGUAUAACAAAUGAGAAAUAGACCUCCUAGUAUAACAAAUGAGAAAUAGACUUCCUUGUAUAAGUUCAGGCUGAUUUGGUUAUCAGGUUGAAAUGGUCCUAGUGGCACAGAAAUUCUCAAGGACAGAAACCAACCCUGAAAUUGAUAGGCAGAGAUUCAAGUAUGAACUGUCACAAGAGUACACAAUGUAGUGUGAACGAACUGGGGAUGUGAUAAUCCACAUCUCUACCUCCUGUGCCAAGGAAACAUGCUCUGUCAGCAGAGUGACAAAAGACCGGGUUUAACACUAUAUGUACAUGCCAUACUGACGUGUUCCUUUUACACUACUCCAUUUUUCUUGAGAUUUCCCAAUAUCAGUCCCAGUUUCUCAUUUGGAGCCUUUGGAAUGGUCAACGGCACCAAAUGUAACAAGAAAUCCAGCAUUGUGCCUCCACCAGAGAUCGAACUCGCAACCCUCGGCUUGGUGGACCUCCCUCUACAUAUUAAGCUGAAGGGAAAUUCUCCCUUGCGCAAAGCUAGAAGGCGACUGUAUCACUAUGUACAAUUAAAACCCUGCCACACUAUACAUCAACUAUAAUCGGGGCACAUAUGGCUAAAGAGGAUGUUUAUUACCAGUAAGGUAAAUCAAAACUAAGUAAUUGGCUAAAGAGGAUGUUUAUUACCAGUAAGAUAAAUCAAAACUAAGUAAUUGGCUAAAGAGGAUGUUUAUUACCAGUUAGGUAAAUCAAAACUAACUUAUUGGUUGAGAGGAUGUUUAUUACCAGUUAGGUACAGUAAAUCAAAACUAAGUUAUUGGCUAAAGAGGAUGUUUAUUACCAGUUAGGUAAAUAAAAACUAAGUUAUUGGCUAAAGAGGAUAUUUAUUACCAGUUCGGUAAAUCAAAACUAAGUUAUUGGCUAAAGAGGAUGUUUAUUACCAGUAAGGUAAAUCAAAACUAAGUUAUUGGCUAAAGAGGAUGUUUAUUACCAGUUAGGUUAAUCAAAACUAAGUUAUUGACUAAAGAGGAUGUUUAUUACCAGUAAGGUAAAUCAAAACUAAGUUAUUGGCUAAAGAGGAUGUUUAUUACCAGUUAGGUAAAUCAAAACUAAGUUAUUGGCUAAAGAGGAUGUUUAUUACCGGUAAGGUAAAUCAAAACUAAGUUAUUGGCUAAAGAGGAUGUUUAUUACCAGUUAGGUAAAUCAAAACUAAGUUAUUGGCUAAAGAGGAUGUUUAUUACCGGUUAAGUAAAUUAAAACUAAUUUAUUGGUUGAGAGGAUAUUUAUGACCAGUUAGGUAAAUCAAAACUAAGUUAUUGGCUAAAGAGGAUGUUUGUUACCAGUUAGGUAAAUUAAAAUUAUUGAUAUUGAAAUGUUUAAGGGUGGCAUUAACACAUUCCCAUUAAGGAUUCCAAAGUUGUUCUUUUUUGAGACUUAGAUCAGUUUGGUGUAAAUAGUCUAGUAAUAUAAUUUAUUAACAAAAAGAUUGUUAGGAUGGAGGAUUCAUUGGAGAGAAUUUCCAUUAUUUCUAUACCUGCUUAAAGAAUCGGUCAUUACUUACAACAAAAAAAUGUUUUGUCAGCUUUUGAAAAUAAAUUAUAUAAAUUAAUCUUUAAAGCAUGUAGUCAAUAAAUUAGCAAUAAAAACAACCGUUUCAUAUUGGACCCUACACUAUACAUGACAAUUGUUCAGAGGUCAGUCUCAGUUAUGAUCUACAUGAUCCACAUGGUUCAGCUGCUUACCUUAUCAUCAGAAGUAACCAUGAUAAUCAUGCUUUAGGACUAGAAUUAUAUUUUUAAGCAGCUGCUUUGUGUUCCAUCAAUUCUUCCCAGCAUUAUGAAAGGAUGAAUGAAAAGGAAGCCCAAAAUGAUUAGUUAUACACUGCCUCUGAUGAUAGUUCUAGACCCAGUUUCAUCAAUUUUCCUAUAAGGACGAUCUUGAGCUUAAAAUUUACUAAUGGAAAGCUUAUAAAUGACUUCUCUAAUAUCCAAUGCUUUCCAAGGGAAAAUUUCAAGUUAACCAUGGCCAGGUAUGCAAGAUUCUCUUCAUUGAUCACCUUAACGAUGUAGAAUAAAUUAGUGACAAGAAGGGAGGAUACUGUACAUUUAAUGCAAAUACAUAUAUGUAUUACAUUUGUACAUACCUGGUCUGUACUUUUGAAAUAGUAAUAGUAAGUGUUGCAGUGCUGUAGAUAUCAGCAAUAAUUCACUGAUAAAUCCCGAGACAAUUCAAUACUUGCUGCCAUAGAUCAAAAACCAUAAUCACAGUGCCAAUGUCAGAUUGUCCAAAUCACGUUGCCAAUGUCAGAUUGUCAGUGACGUUUUUUGUUAUGUUUAAUGUAAAUAUUUGUUUGAUUAGUAAGUUUGCUUAUUACUGUUUUUCACAACGAAUAUGAGGAUGCUAGUAUACAAUUCAGUGAGCAAUGCAAUGGUGAGCAUUCGCCUGCUAAUGAUGGUCUUUGUCAUUAGAGUAUGUGCCAACAUUUAAUUUGUAACUACCAGAUCAAGUUCAUUGCUUGUAUACAUUUGUGGGGAACAGUCAACUCUGUGUUUCCUCUUUGACUAGUGAUAAAGCUUGGCUUUGCACACAUCUAGUUGUGAAAUUUAAGCAUUGGGGUUUCACCUUUCAGAACAAGCCGAGUGUCCAUAUAACCUUAGGCUUGCAAAGGAAAAAGUAAUGAAAUUCACUGGAAAACCCCUAUUAUUUCAGCCAUUGACCGAAGCGGAGUAAAAGUGAUUUUUGAUAAUUUUAUCAUUAUACAUUUUACAGCAUUUGACAUAACUGUAAAGAAAUAAACGUUGUUUUGUUUGUCCAAAUGUGUUAAGAAUGUUGGCCUAAAUGGUACCUUUUUUUUUAAUUUUCACAUACUGCCAAUUGUACUUUUCUUGAUUGUUCACAUACAUGUCAAUAUUUGUAUAAUACAAAUCACUGUGCAAGUCAGUUUGGUAUUUUGAAACACUUUCUACACCUUAUCAUUAGGACAGUAGUUGUUUUAAAUGUAACGUUGUACCAGUGCAAUAGAAAAAACAUUACAGCAAAAUGAAGCACAGGGACUUGUUACAGAUCUGGAUGUUCUUUUUACUUAUAAUACUAAGUUAUAUUACACAUCUGUGCCAAGUCCCUGUGAAACAGGAAACAUUCCCGACAUCAAUCUUUGGUAGUUUUGCUAAGGUGAACACUUCUAACAUAAUUACAAUGUAAAUAGCCAAAAUGAAUUUGACAUAUCUGACCAGCAUAACCGGAUAAUUUAGUAGAUACGACAAAGUGAUGUCAUAUUGGUCUUAAACAAGGAAACCAGUAUUCUAAGACUGGUUGGUUGAAUUAUAUGUCUUGGAAUAUUUUUUAUCUGGAAGUUCAUAUUCAGGUAAUUAUUCUCACUCAUGAAGGAAUUAUGUGCUCAGUCCAAUCUAAAUUUCUUGAAACUUGUUGAAAUCAUUGAAAAUGGUGUUUGGCUCAAGUCUUUCCAAAUCAUUUAAAAACUGAAAUUUCAUGAAUCCAGAAUAAAUUGGCGAGACUUCAAUGCCAGACUAUUUCUGCUUGUUGAGAUUUUCAGAACCUGGUGAUUUAUGCAAUACUUGCUUUUGAAUGUAAUAAACUGGAGUGCCAGAGAACAAGUAUACUGGUCUGUGAAGUUUAUCGAGCAAGUAUCUUGGCUGUAGAUCUUCAUAGAACAUUGCAGCAAUCAAAAUAAUUGUCUCUUCAAAUUUCCAGACCCGUUUCGUUUUAUGCAUGCAUAUUAAUUUUCAUGAAGAAUUUAAAUUGACUUUGUCAAUCUUUGUAUUUUUAUAUCCAAUUCCCAAAAAUUUAAUAAUAAAUUUCUCCUUUCUUUUAAUAA